AUGGACAUGGACGACAGGAGGGAGGGACCACAGGAGGCAGGGACCACAGAAAGGUGGGACCACAGGAGGGAGGGACCACAGGAGGCAGGGACCACAGGAGGGAGUGACCACAUGAAGGAUGGACAAGGACGACAGGAGGGAGGUACCACAGGAGGGAGGUACCACAGGAGGGAGGGACCACAGGAGGAAGGUACCACAGAAAGGUGGGACCACAGGAGGGAGGGACCACAGGAGGCAGGGACCACAGGAGGGAGUGACCACAUGAAGGAUGGACAUGGACGACAGGAGGGAGGUACCACAGGAGGGAGGUACCACAGGAGGCAGGGACCACAGAAAGGUGGGACCACAGGAGGGAGGGACCACAGGAGGCAGGGACCACAGGAGGGAGUGACCACAUGA